AUGAAGAACAUACUUGUUUUGAUUUUGAUAUUCUGGAUUGGUUUUGGACAUUGCCAAAGAACAUUCGAUGUUCUCAAGUACGGUGCUGCUGGAGACGGAAAAACUGACGAUUCCAAGGCUUUUCUAAAAGCAUGGGGAGAGUUGUGUGGAGCAGCAGAUGAACCUAAUGGCGUGCCAACACUUGUUAUACCAGAGAUGAAAGCAUUCUUAUUGCAGCCCAUCAAGUUUCAAGGUCCUUGCAACUCAAUUAGUGUUCAUGUUCAGAUACCAAAAUUCAUGAAAAACUUAUAA